UUUUUUCAUAUUUUAAUUUCAUAUAAUUUUUUAAAUGGAAUUUUAGGGCUACAUAUGCGAAUGGCAGCAUUUGAUUCUUCGAACGAUGUGAAAGCUAUCUUAAGGCAUAAAGAAGAUAAUAUACCAAUGGCCGACGAAAUAAGAAUGUCUGACAUAACAUUUUCCGAUCCUUCAAGUUAUGAUGGCGGUUUAACAAAUUUAUCGCACAAAAAAGAUGAUUAUCUCUCUCCUCAACAAGCAAUACAGUCAUCAUCUUCAACGCCAGGCAAAAGUGGGAAUAAAAUUGGACAUAGGCGAAUAGACAAACAAGGAGAAGUUAGUUAUAAAAGAGUACCUACAAAUGCUUUAAUGGGUGCAAUACAAUUGGGAAUUGCAAAUUCUGUUGGUUCUUUAGCUGGAAAACCUCGAAGAGAUAUUUUGGUACAAGAUUUUGAGGUUAUCGAAUCUGUGACUUUUCCUACUGAUGGCUCUCAAAUGACACCAUCACAUCAAUAUGGCGAUUUCCGUUUCAAAUCUUAUGCACCAAUUGCCUUUCGAUAUUUUCGCGAGCUUUUUAACAUUAAACCUGCCGAUUUUUUGAAAUCUCUGUGUACAUUACCUCUACGAGAAUUAAGCAAUCCAGGUGCCAGUGGUUCAAUUUUCUAUGUUUCAACUGAUGAUAAAUUUAUAAUAAAAACUGUUCAACACAAAGAAGCUGAAUUUUUAAGAAAAUUACUUCCUGGUUAUUAUAUGAAUUUGCAUCAAAAUCCUCGAACUUUGCUACCUAAAUUUUUUGGUCUUUUUUGUUAUCAGAGUCUUGGAAAGAAUAUUCGUUUAUUAGUUAUGAACAAUUUAUUACCUCAAUCAGUUGAAAUGCACCAUAAAUUUGAUCUGAAAGGUUCGACAUAUAAAAGACAUGCAUCAAAAAGUGAAAGGGAAAAGCGUAGUCCAACUUUAAAAGAUUUGGAUUUUAAUGCUGAAUUUACUGAUGGAAUUAUGCUGGAUGCACAUAUUUACGAUAUUCUUGUUGAUGUAAUUAAAAGAGAUUGUUUUGUUUUGGAAAGUUUCAAAAUUAUGGAUUAUAGUAUGUUAAUGGGAGUACAUAAUAUAGAUGCACAACAACAUGCUUCAAAUCAUAAUAGAUUACCUGCUGCUUGGGAUGCUGAAGAAGCAGCGAUUGCAGAAACUUGGCGUUCUCUACAAUUGGAUUAUAGUACUACUAGAGGACCACAGGAUGAUGGUGGAGUGCCUGCAAAAAAUGCAAAAGGUGAACGUCUACUCCUCUACCUUGGAAUAAUCGAUAUUUUACAAAAUUAUCGGCUAUUUAAAAAAUUAGAACAUACAUUUAAAAGUGUUUUGCAUGAUGGGGAAACUAUUUCUGUUACAAAUCCUGGUUUUUAUGCAAAUCGUUUUACUUCAUAUAUUUCUACAAUUGUUUUUAGAAGAGUACAAGAUAGUACAGGACAAACUUCAAGACAUCCAGCUAGCAAUAAAUUCCGUUCACUUGUUCAUUCUUAUAUUGCAAUGAAAUCUACCCCAGUACGUAUACACACAACUCCCCAACAACAACAACAGCUCCAAAAUCGUCGUGUUGUUUCUACUUCUGAAUAUAUAGACAAUAUUGAUUUAAAUAAUCAACAACAACAACUUAAUAUUAGUAUUACCCCUUCAUCAAAUGCUGUAAAAGAAAGAUUUCCUUCAUUUAUUGAACAACGAGAUAUUAAGAAUAGACGUUCUUAUACAAUGAUUAAAACAUCUCAUCUUGGAGUUGGAGCUAGUGGAGUUGGGAAUGAAUUUGAGUGA